AUGGGACUAAUAUUAAAGUAAAUAGCAAGAACAAUUAGCAACAAAAUAUUCAGAUUUUUAUUCCUAAUCUAUUUUAUUAGUUUUAUAGCAUUUCUUUAAUUUUUCAUUUGUCUGUCGUAGUUAGUAUAGUUACCGGUAUAAUAAAAUUUUUUAAACGUUCACAUUAACUUUAUUUCAUAAAACAUAUUUUUAGAAUUUUUAAAAAACGUGACAAAUGGUGAUUAUAGAUAUUUAGUUUUUUUAUUUUAAAUGUUGAUUGUUUUAAAUAUUAUAUUUAUGUAAAUUACUUUGUCACAUUAUUUUAUAAUGAAAUAACACAUUUGACAAAUAAAAAUUAAUUAAUUAAUAUUGUUUAAUCUUGUUAUAAAUUAAACAAUAAAAUCAAUAUUGGUAAUCAAUAAUUUUUAUCCUAAUUUUUAAUCUUUUAUGUGAUAAGAUAUAUGUAUAUAUAAAGCGUAACACUUUAUAUAAUUUAUUUGCAGUAAAUACUCUGCAGUAAUGAUUUUGUCAGUUUACAUUAUAUUAACUUUAUCAAUAUUGCACACAUCAUGGGGAGACCAAUAUGUAUUAAUAACAUCUGAUAUAGAAAGCCAAGAAACAUUAUGGCCAAUAGAAACAGAAUUAAACCAAUAUUCUCCAACAUGGGAUAGUUUAGAUAGUCGUCCACUUCCAAAUUGGUAUGAUGAUGUAAAACUUGGUAUUUUUAUUCAUUGGGGUGUUUUUAGCGUUCCAAGUUUUGGCUCUGAAUGGUUUUGGAAUAAUUGGAAAGAGGAACUUCCAUUUUUAGAAGAAAAAGCUAAUACUAAAUAUCGUGACUUUAUGAAACAAAGGUAUCCACCUAAUUUUACAUAUCAAGACUUUGCUCAUGAAUUUACUGCUGAAUUUUUCAAUGCAACACAAUGGAGCGAAUUAUUUCAAGCUUCAGGUGCAAAGUAUAUUGUACUAACGAGUAAACAUCAUGAGGGAUAUACAUUGUGGCCUUCAAAAUAUUCAUUCAGUUGGAAUUCUGUAGAUGUAGGACCACAAAAAGAUCUUAUAGGAGAAUUAGCUACAGCAAUAAGACGUUCAACUAAUUUGAAAUUUGGACUUUAUCAUUCUUUGUAUGAAUGGUAUAAUCCUCUCUACUUAUCUGAUAAAGAUAACAAUUUUACAACGCAAAUUUUUGUUAAACAAAAGAUAAUUCCUGAAUUACACGAGCUAGUGGAAAAAUAUGAGCCAGAAGUUAUAUGGUCUGAUGGUGACUGGGAAGCAUCAGAUGUUUAUUGGAAAUCAAAAGAAUUUUUAGCGUGGUUGUAUAAUGAAAGUCCUGUGAAGGAUACAGUUGUAGUAAAUGAUAGAUGGGGACAAAAUAUACCAUGUCACCAUGGUGAUUUUUACACAUGUUCUGAUCGUUAUAAUCCUGGAGUACUCUUAUCACACAAAUGGGAAAACUGUAUGACAAUUGAUAAAAAAUCUUGGGGAUUUCGUAGGAAUGCUGAGUUAUCAGAAUAUUUCACUUUGUCAGGAUUGAUAAAAGAAUUAGUAAUUACUGUAAGCUGUGGAGGAAAUUUAUUAAUGAAUGUUGGACCAACAAAAGAUGGUAUUAUUACUCCAAUAUAUGAAGAAAGAUUACGUGGAAUGGGUGAUUGGUUAAAAAUAAAUGGGGAAGCUAUUUAUAAUACCAAACCUUGGAAAGCACAAAAUGAUAGCUUGAGUAAUGAUGUUUGGUAUACACAAAGUAAAAAUGCAAAUCAAAUUUAUGCUAUAAUUCUUGAAUGGCCAAAUAAAGAUGUAUUAUAUUUAGGAUCAUUUAAAACAACUCCAAGCACACGAAUUUCAGCUCUUGGAUCUAAGUUACUAAUUAAUCAACAUUAUCAUAGAUACCAUUUAUCAAAAUUUUUCCAUUUACAUCUACUAGUGUAUCCAACAAAUAUAUCAAAUCUGCCAUUGCCUCAUGCAAAGUUCCACCAAAUGUACCACUAUGCAGAUCUUUAA